UUGCUAGAAGUGGCCCUCGCACACUCAAUUCCUGUAUCUCAUCCAAAUCGCACACACAUAUGGACACAAUCCACAGUUGGAAGACAAGGUCAUCUCGAGACUCGACUGCCCUUAAUCAACAAUCACCUCUUCUUCAAUCUUGAGUCACAUCCAAUCUAUACCCAAUUCAUAAAAACCAUCGAUUUCUGUCCCCUUUUCUUCCAAAACCCUCAGAGUUUUGAUCUUCUCCGUACAAAAAUGGAGGGCACAUUCCUCCCAAACAGACCAGCUCUCCCUCUCCAGUUGACAAAACCUACACAAUCAACCCAACAACAAAGACUCGGAUUCAAUCCAACAACUCUCCCGCCACAACCACCGUCUCCACAAUCUUUCCCCAUUGAUCCUCUCGUCCAACACCUCAUUCACCUCUCUUCACCGCCACCGACCACCACCCACAAGCAGAAACCUAUACGAUCAGUAAAAUCAAGCAACACCCACAUCGAAUUCCCUUCUACUCGCAGUUACUCAAAAAAGCAUGCCCCCAAUCGAACACAUUUCAGGAAGCCUUAUUCAAGUUCACUCCUUACCCUUGAAGACCCGAAAGUUCAAUUGGCGGGUAUUGAUGGUGAUGGUGAUGGGUCGCUUGAUUUUCUUUCAAUUGAGUGUAAGUCUAUGCUGGAUUCUAUCUUGGAACAGUCUUCAUCCAGUUUACAUUUAUUCUUUUAUUCCGUUAAGUUCAAGUUGAUUGAACUCGAUUUGGUUAGCCUAUUAAAGGGUUUAGAUCGUUCGGGUAACUGGGAAAAAGCCCUUUCUUUGUUCGAAUGGGUACUGGAGGAUUCAAGGACUAAUCAAAGCUUCAAUAUUGACAACCAAAUGAUCGAAUUAAUGGUCAAAAUCUUGGGUAGGGAGUCACAACAUACGAUCAUGUCAAAGCUCUUUGAUAAGUAUGGUGUUGGGGAUUAUUCUCUAGAUGUUCGUGCUUUCACUACUAUUAUCCAUUCGCAUUCAUGUACAGGAAAGUAUGAAAAAGCCAUUUACUUGUUUGAUCGCAUGAAAGCAAUUGGACUUUCCCCAAAUUUGGUCACUUACAAUGUAAUGUUGGAUGUUUAUGGGAAAAUGGGUCGUUCUUGGGACAAAAUCUUGAAUCUGUUAACUGAAAUGAAAACCGAAAAGCUUGAAUUCGAUGAGUUCACUUGUAGUACAGUGAUAUCCGCAUGUGGUAGAGAAGGUUUAUUAGAGGAAGCAAAGACAUUUUUCGCAAGUCUAAAAUCUCAAGGCUAUAAACCAGGAAUCUUUACCUAUAAUUCUCUACUCCAAGUGUUUGGGAAGGCCGGAAUGUACUUAGAGGCAUUAAACAUCUUGAAAGAAAUGGAGGAAAACAAUUGCACACCCGAUUUAGUCACUUAUAACGAGCUUGUGGCUGCUUAUGUGAGAGCAGGGUUCCAUGAAAAGGGGGUUGAUUUAAUCAACACAAUGGCUCAAAAGGGUCUAAAACCGAAUGCAAUCACGUAUACAACGGUUAUAGAUGCAUAUGGGAAAUGUGGAAAAGAAGAUAAGGCGUUGAGUCUAUUUAAUGUAAUGAAGAAAUCCGGUUGUGUUCCUAAUGUUUGUACUUAUAAUGCGAUUCUUGGAAUGUUAGGUCGAAAAUCAAGGUCCGAAGAGAUGAUGGAGAUUCUUCUCGAUAUGAAAUCGAAUCGAAUUUCACCAAAUCGUGUCACAUGGAACACGAUGCUUGCUAUGUGUGGGCAAAAGGGUAUGCAUCUUUAUAUGAAUUGGGUGUUACGUGAGAUGAAAAGUUGUGGUUUUGAACCCGAUAGGGACACGUUCAACACAUUGAUAAGUGCAUAUGGGAGAUGUGGAUUGGAAAUUGAUGCGGGUGAAGUUUAUCGGGAGAUGAUUAAAGUCGGGUUUAAUCCGUGUAUUACAACUUAUAACGCGCUUUUGAACGCCUUGGCUCGUAAAGGGGAUUGGAAAUCUGGGGAAUCGGUGAUUCUAGACAUGAAAAGUAAAGGGUUUAAGCUUAGUGAAACCUCAUAUUCUUUGAUGCUUCAUUGCUACUCAAAAGGUCAAAACUUUAAAGGGUUAGAUGCUAUGGCAAAAGAGAUAUACGAAGGGAAGAUCUUUCCAAGUUGGAUGCUUCUUAGAACCCUAAUCCUCGCAAAUUUCAAGUGUCGAUCGCUUUCCGGGAUGGAAAAAGCAUUUCAAGAAUUGCAAAAACAUGGGUACAAACCGGAUCUUGUUAUAUUCAACUCCAUGCUUUCGAUUUAUGCAAGAAACAAGAUUUAUGAUCGGGCCCGCAAGAUUCUUGAUUUGAUUCAUGAAAACGGAUUGCAACCGGAUCUUGUGACUUUUAACACAUUAAUGGAUAUGUAUGCAAGAACUGGCGAGUGUUGGGAAGCCGAAGAGAUUCUCAAAAGUGUACAAAAUUCGGGUAGAAAACCGGAUCUUGUGUCAUAUAACACCGUGAUUAAAGCGUUUUGUAGGCAAGGUUUAAUGGAUGAAGCUAGAAGGGUACUUUCGGAAAUGACAAAUAACGGGAUUCGGCCAUGUAUUGUUACAUAUAACACAUUUGUUGCGGGAUUUGCGGCUCAGGGUUCGUUUUUAGAAGUAAACGAUGUGAUUAGUUAUAUGAUUGAGCAUGAUUGUAAGCCAAAUAUGUUAACUUAUAAGACAAUUGUGGAUGGAUAUUGUAGAGCUAAGAAGUAUCAAGAGGCGUUAGAGUUUGUGGGGAGUAUUAGAAAAAUGGAUAGUUCGUUUGAUGAGCAUAGUUUGCAAAUGCUUGCUUCUUGUGCUCGGACAAAUGUGUUAUGACGAUUUUGCCCUUGAAAUGUUAUUCGUUGUUUUGUGGGUUGAUGUUGCUUUUGAAUAUAUUGCCCUUGCAAUGACAAACUUCCAUGGUGUUGUUUCUAGAUUUGAAGGGCUUGCAACGGAAGGCAAACAUUGAAGAUCACCAAAGGAAAUAAAGCUUCAAGCAAAAUCAAAGGAUGAAGGGUUUUGUGUUAGAGUCCAAGAUUUCAAAACAAAAGUUAUGUUUUAUUUACUUAUUGGUAAGAAAGUAUCGGGUCUCUUUUUGUAUUUAGAGGUAUGUUUAUUUAUAGAUCGGAAUUUUCAUGUAAAUGUUUGUAAUUUAUACCAAGAAUUAUGGGCUUUUUGGAUCAUAUUUGUGUGUGAUUCAUUUUACAUAUGCUUUGCCCUUUCAUCUUAGUGAAUUCCCGAACAAUAAUGUUACAAAAACGUGUAUCUUAUGCAAUAAAAAUUAUAGAUUGUUUUUUAGUUU